CUUUUUGUCCUUCUCGCUUCCUGUUGGUGCUUUCUCGGCGCGAUUCGGUCCAGUCAAAUGUGUCAUCAAAACUGCACUCAUGUUUUUUACUCUUUUAACACUUUUUGCCCAAUAAACCAAUACUGAGAGACACAGCAGAGAGAGAGGGAGCCUGUUAGUGAUCUAAAGAUGUGCUCCCUGACUUUGUUCCCUCCUCCGCUGCCCUCAGGAAACACCACUCUGUGUGAAUCCAACAAUGAGCUGCUGUCAGGACCCAACAGCAAUGAGACUGUCCAGGACAAUAAUCUUUUGAACUUGUAUUUUCCACGGGAUUCUCUGAAGCUACACAGUCGCACAGAAAGCAGCAGUAAAGCAGCUUUCCUGGACCAUUCAGAGACACUGUGGAUGAGGAGUGCUUCGGCCUGGAGAGAUGGGGGAAUUACAGGACUACUAAAUGAAAUAUCGAACUCGGACACAGAGGUGCCCAAGUGGCUGGCAAUGAGCUCCAGAUGUGUUCUUGCACUGCUCAGACGGAUUGCCUCCUUUCAUGGAUCUUUGUUUCCUCAUGUUACACUGAGCAGUGAAGACAUGAUUGCUGAAUUUUCACAAGUUUUGAAUUGGCCUGACUGUGUAGUGCGAGCCUUUGCCUGGCACCCGCACACAGACAAAUUUGCUGUAGCUCUUCUAGACGACUCCAUCAAGAUUUACAAUCCCAAGAGUGCCACCACACCUACACUGAAGCACCGUCUGCAGAGGAGCGUUGCCGCAGUGACGUGGAAGCCUCUGUGUGCAUCAGCUCUGGCUGUGGCCUGUCACAGCUGUAUCCUGGUGUGGCACGUGGAUCCCUGCUCUUUAUCAACAAGGCCCUCCUCCGGCUGUGCUCAAGUUCUGUCCCACCCAGGUCACUCCCCUGUCACCUCCAUCGCCUGGUCUCCAAGUGGAUCCCUCCUGGUUUCUGCUUCGCCCAUGGACACUGCCAUGUUGGUUUGGGAUGUGGCCGCAGAAAGCUGUGUUCCUCUGCAGAGAGUCGGAGGAGGAGGAGUCACUUUUCUCUCCUGGUCUCCUGAUGGUAGUCAUGUUUUGGCUUCUACUCCUGUUGCUCUCUUUAGGGUGUGGGAGACCCGAAUGUGGACGUGUGAGCGGUGGCCUUGUCUUAAAGGACGUUGCCAGACAGGAUGUUGGAGUCCAGAUGGAAGUCGUCUGCUUUUCAGUGUUCAAGGAGAGAGUGUCAUCUAUGUCCUGACCUUCACCGCCAGCCCAGGCCUGUCUUCAAACUCUCCUGUCACCGGACCUCAGACAGCGACUGUAGUGGCUGAUCUUUCAGAGACGACCUUCAACACACAAGAUGGAGACAUAAUUGUUGGUGGAGAGAUCCAGUGUUUAGCCUGGGACUCUAAAGGAGAAAGACUUGCUGUGCUUCUUAAAGGGGCUGCAGACCGUCCUGCCAUGAUCGCAGUGUUCAAGACCAGAACCAGCCCCAUCUUUGAGCUUUUGCCUUGUGGAUUUGUUCAGGGGGAGCCCGGAGCUGAACCAAGGCUCAUACAAUUUCACCCAAACUUCCAGCAUGGAGCCCUCCUCACUGUGUGUUGGUCCAGUGGAAAAAUCACCCAUGUUCCUUUCUACUUUUUGAGCGCCGGCGUUCCUCAUUUUGGUCUCAAUGGAAGUCCGUCACUGCCACGCCCCCAAGAAAGACCAGCUGACUUUGCCAACCAGUCACUUUUUACAGAAAUGCUCUUGUAAAAUAUUCACUACAACAACUUUCUUAUUUUGCACUGUGAAUUUUCCUAAAUAAACAAUUACAUAUUAGGUUUUAA